AUGAGACUGCCGCUGCUGUUGCAACUGCUGCCCGUUUUCACGAGAGCCGUGAGGGCUCAGGGAGAGCUGAACGGAUUGAUACUCGCCGAGCAGAACGAUAACACGAAGGACGAGCUCAACGAGGAUGGGACUGUUCGUGUACCAGCAGACUUGGAGAUCAGGGGCUCGCUCGUGUGUUCCAAAGACACAAACGACUGCUACCCUCGCGAGUUCGAGCCACAGGCCGUCUGGCAGCCCGUUAAGAGACUCCAGAUGCUCCCCGCUGGACUGGAUAUCCGGAUGAACCUCGAAACCGGGUUGAAGGAGGCGAAGUGGAGGGAAUCAGAGCCACAAGAGGCGCCAGAACCACAGGAGUACGAACUGACGGGAGAGUUCAAAGAGAUCACGGCCUCGUUGAUAUCCGAGGACUACACCGCUGCGGAACGUCAACUGCAAGAAGUGCUCGAUCUAGCGCACGACUACAAGAUCGGGUACAAGAUCGUGGCCCACGACUUCGCACUGCUUAGAAACGUCUCCCUCGACUUAAUGUACCCCGACUCGCUUAGGGAGGCCGCUGCUUCCUGCAUUCUCAGCAGUGUGAGGAAUAACCCACCUGCGCGGGAACACAUCCUUGAGUUCUUCCCGGAGUUCACAGACGACACAUUCGAAGCCAUCGCUGGGCUGUCCCCCAAGCAGACCGUCCUGAUGAAGAGGUACUUGUCUACUCUGGAGGAGUUACUCCCACAACAUCACGACUUCACGGGGGCCCAGAUGAGUAUCCUGGACAAAGCCGUGUCACAGAUGGACGACAUCCAUACGAACAUCCGCGUGUUACAAUUGGCCUCCAAGUACUUGGACCACAUAGAUAAGAACUCUGUGAUCUCGCAGAAGGAGUUGCAAGGAUGGACGGACCGUCUCGUGGCGCUGAUCGGUAACGACCGGGUGGACGAGUUACACGUCAGACGGUUCUUCGACUCGCUGUACAACAUGAAGAGACAUUUCCCACACGACUUACACAUCGGCCCCGGUUUCCAGAGCUGGCUGCUAGAACAGGCCGGUAAGAGGUCUGCGAAUCUGAAAAGCGACCUACACCAGAGGGACUUGGAGCAGGACGAGUUCGACCAGAAACUCGUGGACAGCAGGUUCUCCGUCUUCGGCAACAAGUUGGCUAAGCGGAUUAAAGCGGACGAGUACAGAGACGAACUGUGA